GUAGCCUGAGACACCGCAGUCACUUGCCAUGGUGACGGACUUUGACAAGAAGACUGUAGGCUACUGCGCGGCCAUGUCCGUGGCCUCCGCCGCAGUGUCGGGCCUGGCAGCAGGGCCAGCCUUGCUGGUGGGCUUCGCUGGUGGUGCAGGAGUUCUGUGGCUGCGACAACGGAUGUUUUCAUUGCAAGGGACCUACAACCCAGACCUCGAAGAUGAGUUACGACAAAAGACCCAUGAGGGAUUUUGCGUCACCCAGAUGGGCAGGUUCCUCGAGGAUGUCGACCUGGCGACCCUCAUGCCGGCGACGUCGCGGCCAAGCACGGCGCUGGUUGUGGCGACGACUCCGCAGAGUCUGGCGCUGCCGAUGAAGUUGCCUCAGUUCUUCGCAGACUGUGGGAUUCUUCUGAAACUUGAGCGGCGUGUGCCAGGGAAAGAUUCAUCGCCUGAUGAGACGGUUGCUGCAAACGUCCAGUGGCUGCGAGUACAAUAUUCCAAAGAUGGUUUGGCAUACAGAAAGGUGACGCCUCCUUUUGGAAACACGAGGUGGCAACGUCUAGAAGAUGUGCGACCUUUCGACUUAGCACAGAGUCUCUACAAGAAGAAAGAUAGCACCUACAAUGCCAUGACCUGGAACGCCUACUCCGUAAUGGAGAUGAUCUGGACAGAAAUGGAGCAACGGAGUAGUGAAAACAUGUCCGCCAAACAUCUCGAGCAGAGCCGCGAGUCGCGGAAGGCGGAAUGUCCGCCAUGCUACCAGCGAAGCAUCUGCACGUGACUGUCCCAUUUGUCAGCUAUCGUGGAUGAAGGACUUCUCGUGCGCAAUAACGCUCUGAACGCCGUGCGCCUUCAAUAGCAGAUAGUUAGGUUCACAGUGUUGAGAAGGACCGGCACAGGCUCCAGAGAAGCAAAACGAAGAUCAUGC